AUGUAUCUUCGAUCAUAUAUAAGCUUAAUAUGUAUGUUAGCCCUUUUGGUUUUAACUCGUAAGAUUACGGGGGAAUUCAUAUUCAAAAACCAAAUAUUAAAGAAGAUCUGCUUGCAAUCAGACGUUAUUGUACAGUAUUGUAGCUAUUCCGUCUGUCGUGGAACUGAUCAGUUAGUACGUAAAUCAGAUACGUCCGUCGAAGUUAACAGCACACAUUGGUGGGCAUCGUUGCAAAUAGCAACCACAGGAAGCUUGAACUGUUUUAAUCGAUACCCUGGGAAUUAUCAGAGUCCUACGUCUACAAUCUACGUUUCAGUUUACGAAUUAAACAACACAGCGGUUACUCCAAGUAACGACCCAAUCGAGAUCAGCGAAGGGGGUACGUUGAGGGUCAACUGCUCAGUUGAAAGUGUACCCAAUGUAACUCUGACAUGGGUAACACCACGGGAAGAUAUCACCACCCAAGACACCUUGGAAGACGAGCUCGUUGUUGAUAACACCAUGUUCAAUGAUACCGGAGUUUACCAGUGCUCGGUCUGGAACGAUAUCCUCCGACUCCGAUCAACCAAAUACUUCAACGUUUCCAUACUUUGUGCACCUCGACCACAUGAUCCACGAAUUUACCCGGACAAAAUUUCAUUUGUACCUGGUCAAACUAUUCAUCUGAAAGCUGCGUUUAUUGCCAAUCCUCCGCCAGUGUUUUCGUGGAAGAAGAAAACUGAUGGGUCCAGUCAUACCAUAGAGAACGACAAGAGAGUGACCACCAGACAAACGGAGAGUUUAGCUGAUCUGACUAUUACAGACACCGUACUGGACGACCGUGGUCUUUAUCGAGUUGUUGCUGAAAAUGGUAUCGGAGAAGGUGCUGAUUUGUUUUUUACAGUCGGAGUCCAAGAAACCAUUGAGUCCAGUUCCCCAGACGAAGACGCUGAUGCCAAUACUGAAGAUGAGAUGAAGUCUGUGUAUAUCGGAGUUGGUGUGGGAAUCGGGGUAUUCGUUCUGCUCAUUGUGGCUGUAGCUGUCGUUAUUUGUCACAGACGGCGUCAGAGACCAGUGGAGAAGCCUAGUGCGACUGAAAUAGAACCAAAGAAUAAAAAGCCAAAAAGUUUGAAAGAUUUGGCGAAACGAAAACCACAUCCACCAUCAAGAGAGGAUAGACCAGAGGUUCCUCGCUAUUCAACACAAUUGAAGAUGGGGAGACGUGGAAAGGCCAAUGGUCGUGCCCGGGAAGAAAAUUACGAGCAGCCAGUCCAAGGGGGUGGGGCUCUUUAUCAACAAGAACUGUACGAAGACUUGCAACAUACGGAGUAUUAUAAUCAUUAA